AGAAAAAGAUUGACAUUUCAAUGACAGCCGCAUCGUUAAAUUUUCUGCGGCCAUCUAUAUUUUCAGCUGCCAUCGCGAAAACGUAUCUCAUUAAUUUUGGAAAAAUCUAGUGAUUUGCUCUGAAAAACUUACAUUUGUGUUGAGGAAAAUGGCGCGCUCGAAAAAUCGUUCCGAGUCUGCCGAUUCGGAUAAAGCCGAUAAGAAACAGCGCGGACGUGAAAAAGAACGCAAGAAGCGUAGCUCUAGCAGCAGUGACAGCAGUUCAUCGGAUAGCAGUUCGUCACGUAGCAGUUCUGGAUCACGUUCAAGCUCAUCCAGCAGCUCAUCUUCGUCAUCCAGCUCGUCGUCCUCCUCGAGUAGCGGAGCAGAACGGUCACGACCCAAGCGAAAAACCGCAACUCGAUCUCGCUCGCGGAGCGCCAGUCCGCCUGCAAAGGAGCCUCCAAAGGACAUCAAACCUAUACUACCGAAAAUUAAAGAACGCAACGACCGGCGCACUCCAGAGCGUGACAAUGACAAUAAGGAAAACAAGCAAAUUAAACCGACAAGCCCUCCAGAUCGAGCUGCUAAGGAUACACGCAGCCGCCGGUCACGUUCAGGAUCUUCUAAACGUAGAAGGAAGGAGCGUUCCGUCACGCCACGCCCCACACGGAUACACGUUGGUCGAUUAACAAGAAAUGUUACUAAGGACCACAUUCUUGAAAUUUUUAGCACCUACGGUGAAAUUCGCAAUGUGGAUUUCCCCACUGAUCGUUUUCAACCGUUUACUCGUGGCUACUGUUAUAUAGAUUUCGCUAACCCGGACGGAGCGGAGAAUGCGUUAAAGCAUAUGGCCGGUGGACAGGUCGACGGGCAGGAAAUAUCGGCUGUAGCCGUUCUGGUGCAGAAAACACGUCCCCCGAUUCGGCGCCCUUCGCCAAUCAUGAGAAACAAUCGGCCACCACCGCGCUGGCGUGCGUCUCCGAUGCGCUACAGACGCCGCGAUCCAAUACGACGCAACAGCCCCCGACGCCGGCGCUCCCGCAGCCCAAUCAGAAGGCGACGUCAUAGUAACAGCUCGGACAGUUCUCGCUAAAUCAACCGGGCGCGGUCUUGCGUCUUAGGCUGGUAGAUAUGUACGUUGCGAUGAGUUCUUUUAUUGAUCAUAAUCAACUUUUCUUGAGUGGAUAAGAAAUAUAUUCAAAUACCCGACCACCUAACGGACGGAAUGUCUUUUUGUCUUUGUCACCACUAGAGGAAAUCUUAGGAUUACGAAGAAAUAACCUGAAUGAUAAAUUUAAUUGAAAAAAUGAUCACAUGAAUGGAAAUAAACACAUUAUUCUGCAAAUACAUAAUAA